AUGACUCUUAUCGAUGGCGUUUACCAUCUGGAUAAACUUAAGCCCCUGUCUGAAAAUUCGGUUGAUCACAACUGCUGGCGGGGGCUCUUCAAUUCAGUGAUUGUUGUAGACGAUGAUCCACAAGGUCUGUGUCGGGGACUGGAGCUAGACUUCAACAUUCUGAUCCAACUCUCUGCAGUUGAAUAUCCCGUUGAGAUCGAGACCGGUCUGAUCCUCAUGGGUUAUUCAACCGCUUUGAUUCCUGUUCAAGAGACUGACGAUGGCAUGAUCCUAUGGCACUUGGAAAUAGCCAGUCACGAUUACCAAUUCAAGGUCUCUGAUCUCAAAGCCAUACAGGGCAAGUGGCUGCAAACCCAAGAUCUGGAUUAUUUACAGUCAAAGAAGGCACUUCUGGGAUGGUGCACUCAAGCAAGGAUUUUGCUGGGUACAUCUCACCUAAGACCCACUGUGACCUGGUCUGGUGCAGAAAAGAAGUCUACUACAUGGCACUGGAAAAGUGCCAAUCUACAGCUUAUCGCCCAGACUGCGUCUCCUUUGCAAAUCGGCGGUCAAGCAGGAAUGACAUUUGAUCGAACAUCCAACCUUCUUCGGUUCAGCCCCUCUCGGAACUACAUCAAGUGUGUGACCGGUAGUAUGAUGGAGCAAAUUAUUCUUUAUGACGUAUCAACCAAGAGAGCCUGGCUGGUCUCACUGAUCUCAGUUCUGCAUCAUAUGCUUCUUGUAUACUACCGCUAUAUUGAAAAGGCUUCCCGAUCAAAAAUUCCACCAGGAGUCGUACCUCUUCUGGGCGGGGCUUCUGCUUCGCUAGUGGCUCUCAGUGAAGCAGGCGGUGUUGUGAUUCAAGGAUCAAAUGAAGACUCACUCACAAUCCGAGAGCUUAUCAUGGGAUUUUCUGUGAACCUAUCCAGGGCAUCGGUUCACAAACCGAAACGAUCUCAAAUCUAUGGAUACGAAUUCAUGGAUAUAGUCAUGGACUCUCCACGAUCCGAGCUCCGAAAACAAACACUUGAAAAGGAAGGCCUUGCAUGGUCACCGCUCCUGAGUGAAAUCAAUUGUUUAUUCUGCUCAAACCUUGGAGAAGUGAUGAUCGGUGGUCGGGGGCUUGAACUUCUCUCACUAUGCAAUAGGCUUCCUGAUGGCUAUGAUUUCAUGGCGGCUUCUAUGCGAAGUAUAGAAAAGCUGUCAAAGCGAUACAGUCAUGAGGAACAGUCAAAUGCCCAUCGAUUGUCACAAGACCAUUUCUGGAGAGUGAGCGGAGACCCGUUCGAGAGAUGCAAGCACUCAGCUUUACACCAGUCGUGCUGGUAUCAACCAAGCUUUUUACAAGAAAUUAAUGGCCCGGAGUCUCGCCCCCGGACAAGUGAGCAGGGUCUUGUGGAUGGCCUCCAAAGUGAUCAUCUAGAUGGAGCUUUGGUUUUCGGUGAACCGAUCAAGUCCUCACGAAAGCAGAUGGCUAUCCGGGUUUCUGAGCUGUAUCGGGCUCAGAAGGGCUCUUUUGUGCCUGUCAGUGCUGAAGAGAUUCAUGUGGAGCGAAAUACCAUGUUCGCCCAUGCAGACUCGAAGAUUGAGAUGGACUCUUAA